AUGGCUUCAAAUAUGAUGCUUGAUGGGUACAUUGUCGAAUCUGUAAACGACAACAAAAAGGAUGGUGGCCAAAGCGCGACUGUCGGCCAACCAGUCCCUCUGACCAUGCCGGAGCCACGUCCGGCACCUCCAUCGAACGAUAGCAAUCAGGAAGUGCCUGCCAAGAGCGAGCCAGUAUCGAUGCCCGUUCCUCUUCCGACUGGUGUUCCUGCCCCGCCGCCAGCUCAGCCAGGAGCAGCAGGGAUUCUGGAAGAGACAGUUGUAGAGGAAAAGAAGACAGCGCUUCGAAGAUCAACAACCAGCUCCUCCAGCUCUUCUAACUCUUCUUCCAGGGAUAACAAGGAGAAGCCGACGGACUAUGAAAACAUUGAAUUUGAGGUCAAGGACGAAGAAGUAAUCUCCCAUGAUCCGAUUCUGAGUCGUGAUGUGAAUGCGCUCUCAUACUUCGUCGAAGAGCAUGGUAGUCUUAAGCCGGAUUACUAUGUUACAUUGAGGGGAACACAUACAGAGAAGCGCACACGAGUUGUUCGCAGAGACGGUCGUGACCGCAUCGAGACGUACACUGUAACCAUUGUCGAUUUCGAAUUCAGCAUCGACAUCUCCCCACAUCUGAAAAAGGCCAAACCAAUCGUCUACACGGUUGCAGAUCAUGUCCCGGCGUUUCGAGGAGGUAUGCGGAUGGCGACGGAACCGAACGGACCUACGAGGAUCGAAUCGAGGCGGAUGGUAACGAGUGAUGAGCAAGACAUACAGGAAUCAUGGGAGCAGGAAACGGAAUCCGUCGGUCGGCCACCAUGGAUCAGCCGACCUCGCGAUGGAGGCAGAAGCGAUGAGGAGGCGUAUGUGGGAUUGGCGAACAAACCUCUCGCAUCAGGACGUAGUGUCGAAGAAUGGUUAACCGACUACAUCCGGAGCCGUCGAGUCGUCAAAGACUUCAAGGUUACCAAAUCAGUCUACGGCUGGAAUACUCUAUCCCUGUCUACCUCGCUCACAGAACUCGUCGAGGCGGCUGGAUAUAGAAACACGCAUCCGACUGGCCACAUCUCCGUCGAAUUUACACAAUCAAGCAAAUGUGUCCACAUACGGUCACCCAACUUUGUUUCCAAAAUAUUUUCGUCAAAACUGUACAUCUUCCUCACCUGCCUCAUCCUCGUUUUCCCUUUCCUCUGGCUUUGGAGACGCUUCUGGCCGGGUGCAGGGGGAAAGUGGGCCGUAAUGGGCACUGCUUUCCCGAUAAAGCAUUGGGAACUCGUUCGUGGUACGACGCCAGGGGAAACAGUCGAGGCAGCUCAGGUAAGACUUGGCGGCAAGGACCUCGUUCCGGCUGGCGAGAGAAUGAAACGGUUGCGUGUUACACCAGAGGGGGUAUGGAUCCUUCGCGGUACGCACGAGAGUGAAUGGUUCCGCGAAUGGCAAGAAUCGAUCCUCGCUGCAGUCAAGACGGGCACAAAGUCAGAGUGGCUCCACAAGAUGAAGCUCCAGACAGAAGAGGAGAGAGUGAACGAUAUCGCUAAUAACCUCGAUCAUGUAUGA